GCGAGUCACCGCCACACUCGCUUCUCGACCGGGCGGCGAGGCGAAGGCUGCUGCUUGCUGGUUGAGUUGGCAGGCUCUCUCAGCCCGACGCGAGACUCCGUGUUCCAAGGCGCGCCGCCAUGUCUGCAGAGGUGGUCGCUGAGGUGGAGCAAGGGCUGCUGCGGGGCAAGAGGGUGGAGUCCGCGGCGGGAGGAGAAUACUUCAGCUUCCAAGGCAUCCCGUACGCCAGGCCGCCUCUGGGGCCCCUCAGGUUCAGGCCGCCGCAGCCGGCGGGGCCGUGGGAGGGCAUCAAGGACGCCACGAGGCAGCGGGCGACGGCGCCGUGCCUAGCGCUGGGUCACUGCCUGGGCGACGAGGACUGCCUCUUCCUCAACGUCUACACCCCGCAGUGGCCGGCGAAGGAGCUGAGGCCCGUGAUGGUGUGGGUGCACGGAGGAGGCUUCGUCAUGGGCUCGGGCAACACGGACUUCUACGGGCCGGACUUCCUGGUGGCCGAGGACGUGGUGCUGGUCACGUUCAACUACCGGCUGGGCGCCCUGGGCUUCCUGCACCUGGAGGGCAGCGACGCGACGGCCAACAACGGGCUGCGCGACCAGGUGCUGGCGCUGGCCUGGGUGCGGGACAACAUCGCUAGCUUCGGCGGGGACGCGAGCCGCGUCACCGUGUUCGGCGAGAGCGCCGGCGCCGUCAGCGUGCACGGCCUCAUGCUGGCUCCUUCGGCGGCAGGGCUGUUCCACCGCGCGAUCGCCAUGAGCGGCGUGGCGAUGCUGCCCGUGUGCUUCGCGUCGCACGACGUCAGCAAGCGGCGGUCCCUGCGGCUGGCCGAGCUGCUGGGCUGCGCCUCGCGCGACCCCCAGGAGAUAGCGGACCGCCUGAGGACUGUGCCCCACCGCGAGUUGGUCGAGCACCAGUACCACGCCUUGUCCGAUCAGGAAAAGAAACGGUUGCUUUCGUUUUCUUUCACACCUACUGAAGAAAUCAACAGCAGUGACCCGUUUUUCCCAGAUCAUCCGCUGAAACUACUAGAGCAAGGAAAGUUUGCAAAAGUUCCUUUCAUCACCGGAGUAACGUCUGCCGAGGGUCGAAUAGCUUUCCAUGGCGCCGAUAUGCACCCAUUGACCAUGUCGGAGAUAUCUGAAAACCUGGAGCUUGUUUUACCGUGGGAUCUAGCUCCUGAGUUAGGCACAGAGAGGAGUAAGGAAAUAGCAGACAAGUUGAGACAGUUCUACUUUGGUGAUCGAUCUGUAAGCGAGGACUCGGUUGAACAGUUUGUUCAGAUGGCAUCUGACCUUAUAUUUGUUUACCCUAUGUACACUGCCAUAAGGCUUCAUCUGAAAAAUUCCGACAGCCCCUUGUACGUGUAUGUGUUUGACCACGAGAUUCCGUGGGAUUUGAUGCUCCUUAAAGACGUGACAAGACCAUCAGUUCCAGGGGCUUCACAUGGGGAGGACUUCAGCUAUCUGUUCUUCACGUCGGCAAAGCCGAACAUAUACCAUCAAGAUUCGGCAGAGGCGAAAGUUCUCAACCACAUGGUCAAGUAUUGGACUCAUUUUGCAAAGACAGGGGAUGUUUCGCAGGUGGCGAAUAAAGUGCCCUGGGCACCUGUGACCAAAGAUAAGUUUCAGUAUUUGAAGAUAAGAAAAAACCUGAAACUAGAGGCUGGCUUGUUUAAGGAACGUAUGGAAUUUUUGGACGACUGGUACAGUACUUUCAAGAAAAUUACAUAAUAAUACAGAGAAAAACGAGAACAUAAAUUUGUUCCUGGAUUGACAAAUUCUACGUUGUUGACAACGCUGACAAAUUCUAAAUUGUUUUGUAAUAAUUAUUUCGUACCAAUGAUGUAAAAAUAUUUUUUAACCAACAAAUUGGAAUUAAUAAAUACCUAAUUCAAUUUA